GGGAAGCAGCUGGGCUGCGCGGGAGACUCGUUGGUCCUGGGAAGAUGGCGGCGCCGGAGCCGGGGCGUUAGAGCGAAUGCAGACGGCAGCCUCCUUCUCGGUGGGCGUACAGGCUGGUCCAGAGCUGGUGACCGUCCUCCCUGUGUGACCUUGGCAGUUGGGCACCAUGGACCUGGCUUACAUCUGUGAAUGGGAGAAAUGGCCCAAGAGCACCCACUGCCCAUCUGGUCCCCUUGCCUGCACCUGGUCCUGCCGCAACCUCAUCGCCUUCACCACGGACCUGCGCAGUGAUGACCAGGACCUGACCCGCAUGAUCCACAUCCUGGACACUGAGCAUCCCUGGGACGUGCACUCCAUCCGCUCAGAGCACAGCGAGGCCAUCACCUGCCUGGAGUGGGACCAGUCCGGCUCUCGUCUGCUGUCAGCUGAUGCCGAUGGGCAGAUCAAGUGCUGGAGCAUGGCUGACCACCUGGCCAACAGCUGGGAGAGCCCCGUGGGCAGCGUGGUGGAAGGGGACCCCAUCGUGGCCUUGUCCUGGCUGCACAACGGUGUAAAACUGGCCCUGCAUGUGGAAAAGUCUGGUGCCUCCAGCUUCGGGGAAAAGUUCUCCCGCGUCAAGUUCUCGCCAUCGCUCACACUGUUCGGGGGCAAGCCCAUGGAGGGCUGGAUCGCUGUCACGGUCAGCGGCCUGGUCACUGUGUCCCUGCUCAAGCCCAGCGGGCAGGUGCUCACCUCGACUGAGAGCCUGUGCCGGCUGCGCGGCCGUGUGGCUCUGGCCGACAUCGCCUUCACAGGUGGCGGCAACAUCGUGGUGGCCACAGCAGAUGGCAGCAGCGCGUCACCGGUGCAGCUGUACAAGGUGUGCGUGAGCGUGGUCAACGAGAAGUGCCGCAUCGACACCGAGCUCUUGCCCUCGCUCUUCAUGCGCUGCACCACCGACCUCAGCCGCCGCGACCGGCUGCCCGCCAUCACCCACCUCAAGUUCUUGGCCCGCGACAUGUCGGAGCAAGUACUGCUGUGUGCAUCCAGCCAGACGAGCAGUGUGGUGGAGUGUUGGUCGCUGCGCAAGGAGGGCCUUCCUGUGAACAAUAUCUUCCAGCAGCUCUCUCCGGCUGUUGGUGACAAACAGCCCACAAUUCUCAAAUGGCGGAUUCUGUCGGCCACCAAUGACCUGGACCGUGUAUCUGCUGUGGCACUGCCCAAGCUGCCCAUCUCACUCACCAACACUGACCUGAAGGUGGCCAGUGACACCCAGUUCUACCCCGGCCUCGGGCUGGCCCUGGCCUUCCACGACGGCAGUGUCCACAUCGUGCACCGGCUCUCGCUGCAGACCAUGGCCAUCUUCUAUAGCUCUGCCGCCCCACGCCCCGUGGACGAGCCAGCUCUCAAGCGCCCCCGGACCACAGGCCCCACUGUGCACUUCAAGGCCAUGCAACUCUCCUGGACCUCCCUGGCCCUCGUGGGCAUUGACAACCAUGGCAGGCUGAGCAUGUUGCGCAUCUCGCCGUCCAUGGGACACUCGCUGGAUGUGGGGUUGGCCCUGCGGCACCUGCUCUUCCUGCUGGAGUACUGCAUGGUGACUGGCUAUGACUGGUGGGACAUCCUGCUGCAUGUGCAGCCCGGCAUGGUGCAGAGCCUGGUGGAGAAGCUGCACGAGGAGUACACGCGCCAAAAGGCCGAGCUACAGCAGGUCCUGUCCACCCGGAUCCUGGCCAUGAAGGCCUCGCUGUGCAAGCUGUCGCCCUGCACAGUGACUCGCGUGUGCGACUACCACGCAAAGCUUUUCCUCAUCGCCAUCAGCUCCACGCUGAAGUCGCUGCUGCGCCCGCACGUGCUCAACACACCUGACAAAAGUCCUGGUGACCGGCUGACUGAAAUCUGUGCCAAGAUCACAGACGUCGACAUUGACAAGGUCAUGAUCAACCUCAAGACGGAGGAGUUCGUUCUGGACAUGAACACGCUCCAGGCACUGCAGCAGCUCCUGCAGUGGGUGGGCGACUUUGUGCUCUACCUGCUGGCCAGUCUGCCCAACCAGGGCUCCCCACUGCGACCAGGCCACAGCUUCCUGCGGGAUGGCACAUCGCUGGGCAUGCUGCGAGAGCUGAUGGUUGUCAUCCGUAUCUGGGGCCUGCUGAAGCCUAGCUGCCUGCCUGUGUACACGGCUACCUCAGACACUCAGGACAGCAUGUCCCUGCUCUUUCGCCUGCUCACCAAGCUCUGGAUCUGCUGUCGUGACGAAGGUCCCACAAGUGAGCCAGACGAGGCGCUGGUGGAUGAGUGCUGCCUACUGCCCAGUCAGCUGCUCAUCCCCAGCCUGGACUGGCUGCCUGUGAGUGAUGGACUGGUCAGCCGCCUGCAGCCCAAGCAGCCCCUGCGCCUGCACUUUGGCAAGGCCCCUGCUCUUCCUGGUGGCUCCAGCAGCCUGCAGCUGGAUGGCCUCAUCAGGGUGCCAGGCCAGCCCAAGAUGGACCACCUGCGGAGGCUGCACCUGGGCGCCUACCCCACAGAGGCUUGCAAGGCGUGUACCAGGUGCGGCUGCGUCACCAUGCUCAAGUCGCCCAACAAGACCACCGCUGUCAAGCAGUGGGAGCAGCGCUGGAUCAAGAACUGCCUGUGUGGGGGGCUCUGGUGGCGCAUGCCCCUCAGCUACCCCUGACUACAUCUCAGCCUUUUUCUCUGCUGUGCAAAAUGUCAGUGGAUUCCUGAUGAACUUACAGGAAAGCCAUGCUGUCCCCUUGCUGGUGACAGAGCAGCCACGUGCUCCAGACCUUCGCUGGGUGUUCUUAGGCACCACCACCCUGGAACUAUGCUUUGGGGGCCUUGUCUGCUGCGCCAGCACCCCUGUAACCGACAGGGCCAGUGAGGACACAGCCUGAAGCCUCAAGUUGGCACCUCAGCCCAGCCAUCGAGGCUCUUUCUCCCUUGAAGCCUGUUGAUUUAUCUGGCAGGAGGACCUAGCCACGUGAUCACCCUGCGAGGUGGUGACUGAGAUAGCCUGGGGCCUGCCCCAGGCAGAACCACGGCAAGUGCCACCCCUCAGGACCCCAAGGACCCCUAGGUCCCAGUUCAGAGGGUCCAGGAUCUGAGGACUGUGUGCUUUAGAACAUGACACAUGAACCUGCCAGGCGUCCAGUGGCUGCUGUCAAGGACACCAGCCGGACGUCAGCCUCGGGUCCCCCACCUGUACCUGUCACUGCUGUCUCUGACAUGGGCAAGCCCCAGAAACGUCCCCCUGGACAGCAGGUGUCUUGUCGGUGUCCUGGGUGCCACCUCCCCACAGCCCCCACCCCCCCACAGGCAUGGGAUUCUGUGCCUGUGUGUGUUGUUUUCCUGCUUGGCCAGCAUUUAUUGAGCACCUACCGUCUACCAGACGCAGGCGUCCUGUGGGGGGAGCAGUGGGCUGGAUGUGGGUGGAGGCUGCUCUCUACUGCCUGGUUCCUGCACACAGGAGUGUCUCUGUCUCUUCUUUCUCUCUGCCUCCCUGCCUUCCUCCCCUCCCCCACCAGGUUUUUGGGAGCUCAGGCUGUGGCCCCGAAGGGUCCAGCCUCGUCAGCAACCACUCACCGAUUAUGUGGCUCCCCAGGGCCUGGGCACAGUGCCUGCCUGUUAAGCGGUAAUUGCUUCUCUUGUUUUCCUUCUGGAGGCUCGAGGGAGGGCAGGCUGGGUAGGUGUCCUGCGGAGCUCAGCGUGCUGCCUGCUGUGUCAGGCUUUCAGGGACUGGCAGCACUCCAGGGGCCCCAUUACCUGGGCCAGCUGCCCACCUGCCUGUGGCCCCAGCACUUAGGGGUGUCCAUGUCUUGCCAUCUGAGUGGUGCUUUCUGCAGGGACCUGUGAGGUACCCCCCCAGCUGUGCUGCUGCUGGUGCCCCAGCCCCUUGGAGAAAUGGGCCUGAAAUGGGCAGCCUCUCUGGUGGAGCGGCACAUGGCCCAGGUUCUUGCAUAUAUUUUCUCAGCCUUUUACCUCAUUUGACCAUAUAUUUUUUUAAGCCACUUGCCUUUCUCAAGUCAUUCUAAAGUCUUUAAAGCAGCUACUUGUUUUAGAAAAGUGA